AAAAGAAAAAAACCCCACACGUCUGAGGGAGAAGGAGGCAUGGCCUGUUCUGCCGUAUCUUGAGGGCCCUCUCAAAAUUUUGAAGUCUUAUGGUUUUUUAUACGUUUCUUAUUCGUUUAUUAUUGAUAAUAUUUAUUGGUUUUACCUUUCUUGCAGUCCUUUCGGGAUAUUCAGACUAACCGCUAUAUAUUUCAGAUUACUUCCUUCUCCUUCUCCUUCUUGCGAGAUAGCCCUCUUUCUCCCGUCUUUCCUGAUUGCUUUCACUUUUCGCCCACACUUCUCUCUCCCUUCUCUUCUCUUCUUCUCGUAAGAGAUAGAGGUGGAUCUAGCGGGAGGUCUUAUGGGAGGCUUUUCCCCUUAUCUCCAGUCUGUUCCUUCCGGUGUAUUCCUCCCCACAACUCCCUUUCACCACGUGGUAGCCGAGAACAAUGUUAUCUUCUUACCAGUGCCAAUGCCUGUUGGCGUAUUCAAGAUAGACCAAAUGCUAAGUGAAAUCUCUGAAGUCCAGAAGAAUGCCAUUGUUGACAAACACAAUGAAAUCAGGAGAGAGGUGAAACCAACUGCUAGCAAUAUGAUGAAAAUGGUGUGGAAUGAGAAGGCGGAAAGGACUGCUAGAAGGUGGGCCAGUAAAUGCCAACCCAAAUCUAGUUCUAAAGAAGAUCGAAAGGUGGAUGAAAUCAUAUGUGGUGAGAUAGUACUACAAACGAAUUAUGCCAUGUUGUGGUCUGAUGCAAUUGAAUCUUUAUCAAGUGAACGGACUUACUUCCAGUAUGGCGUUGGAACAACUGACCUGACAAAAAAUGUUGACAGUUAUACUCAGAUGAUUUGGCAUAAUUCAAACCAGGUUGGAUGUGCACUUGCCUUCUGCCCCCAAGGUUCCGGCACCUUCAUAUAUGUUUGCCAUUACUGUCCUGGGGGAAACGUACGGGAAUUUCUGAAGACACCAUACGCAGCAGGUCCACCAUGUGGCGACUGUCCUGGGAACUGUGAGGAUAAUCUUUGCAACAACCCAUGCCCUUAUGUUGAUGCAUAUGACUACUGUGACGAACUGAUUGAGAGUUUCACGUGCUCACAGCGUUUUGUUAAAGAAAAAUGUAGAGGCUCCUGUGAAUGCGCUACAGAUGAAGAAUAGAUGUACAAGAUUCUUCUUUAGAUAACUAGAUCUAAUAGAAGAAAAAUGAGAAUUAAUAAAAGAAAUAUUUUCACCUGAGAAUUCAGCAUUUGAAAUUGACAGUGUAAAAAUAAAGUACACCAAAUACUAAUAGAAAAUUA